CCAGCUGCUGCUCUGCCUUUUAGAUGUUUGUGGCCUCCCCAGCCACCCUUAGCUGCUUCCUCUCAUUCCUGUUCCCCUUUUUUUGUGGCCUGCCAUUCCGAUACUGCAGCUCCGCGGGAUAGCCAAGCGCUCUGCUAGGGAGCCCAGAGCUCUGCUUUAGCUGACACGAUGCCUGAGCUAAUCUCUGUCCAAGACUUCAUCUCCCAGACCCAGGAGGAUCUGAGCUCUCCAACCACCUCCUCCUUCACCAGCCACAUGGGCAAAUGCAAGAGCACUGUUGGCAGCCUGGAAGAGGCCUUGGAUCUAGAUCGAGUUGUUCUGCAAAAAAUAAGGAAAGCGGUGAAAGCAGAGCAUGCAACUGGACAAGAUCUCAUUGGUCAUUUAGAAGCUCAUAUUGCUGCCCAGGAGAAGUUCUCAGGAAAUUAUCAAAACAAUGGAGAGGAGAAGUUGGCUGAAGCAUUUAGCUCUUUUGCCUCAUUUUCCAGGGAGCUGCUAGAAGCUGUCAAGAGCAUGUUACUGAGCCUGUAUCACAACAUUAACUUUGCCCUGGACUCGCUGAUCAAGGGUGAUUUCAAAGGGGACUUUAAAAAGCCUUUUGAGAAAGCCUGGAAAGAUUAUGAGAGCAAACUCACAAAGAUAGAGAAAGAAAAGCGGGAGCUGGCAAAACAGUAUGGAAUGGUGCGAACUGAGGUAGUGGGAGGAGAGAUUGCUGAGGAGAUGGAGAAGGAACGAAGGAUGUUCCAGUUGCAAAUGUGUGAGUAUCUAAUUAAAGUGAAUGAGAUUAAAACCAAAAAAGGAGUUGACUUGCUGCAGAACAACAUCAACCACUGCAACUCCCAGUUCAAUUUUUUCCAGACAUGUUUAAAGGCAACAGAGAAGCACAAACAUUUUAUAGAAAAUCUUACUCCAGAGCUUCAGAUUAUGAAGGCAAAGCAGGAGGAGGAGAAGAAGCAGCUCUACUCCCUUCGUGAUCAGCUGAAAACAUCCCUGCAGCUGGAGCCCAAAGAGAAUACCAUUAGCAAACCACUGAGUUACAGCAUGCACCAGUUGCAGGGAAAUAAGCAAUAUGGCACAGAGAAAUCUGGGACCCUCCUUAAGAAGAGUGAUGGCUUAAGAAGAAUCUGGCAGAAGAGAAAGUGCACAGUCAAGAAUGGCUAUCUGACCAUUUCACACAGCACGCAACAUCGCCCUCCUGUCAAGCUGAAUUUACUCACUUGCCAAGUGAAGCCAAAUGUGGAUGACAGGAAGUGUUUUGAUCUUAUUUCACAUAAUAGAACAUACCACUUCUUGGCAGAGGAUGAGCAAGAGGGUACUAUAUGGGUCUCUGUCCUCAGCAAUAGUAAAGAAGAGGCCCUGAACGUGGCGUUCCAGCAAGCUCAAGGCAGAGAAGGAUGCAGCAUGGAGGACUUGACUGCAGCAAUUAUCAGGGAGAUAAAGCACAUGCCAGGAAACGGCAUGUGCUGUGACUGCUUGGCAUCAGAUCCAGCAUGGCUUUCCAUUAAUUUGGGAAUUCUGAUCUGCAUUGAAUGCUCUGGCAUUCACCGAGAGAUGGGUGUUCACCACUCCCGUAUCCAGUCACUAGCUCUGGAUAAGCUAGCAACCUCAGAGCUUCUGUUGGCUAAGAAUAUUGGAAAUUCACGAUUUAACGACAUUGUAGAAGCCAAUCUACCCAAAUCGUACCCAAAGCCUGAUGCUGACAGUACAAUGACUCUUCGCAAGGAUUUCAUCAUUUCCAAGUAUGUUGAGAAGAAGUAUGUUGCGCGGCGCAUGAUGGGGAGCCCAGCAGACAGACUCAGGGGCCUGCAGAAAGCUGUCAGGGAGAGGGAUAUCUUUGUCUUGCUUCAGGCAUAUGCUGAAAAGGUGGAUCUGAGUGAGCCUUUGCUGGAGUUCAGCCAGGAACCCGGGGAGACUCUUCUCCAUCUGGCUAUUUUAGAGUGUGAUCGAACUUCUUUGCAUAUUGUAGAUUUCCUGGUGCAGAACAGUGGCAGCCUCAUGAAGCAGACAUCUAAGGGAAAUACUCCCCUUCAUUACUGCAGCCUUCACAAUAAGCAUGAAUGCAUAAAACUUCUUCUGCGAGCCAAGGCCAGCAUUGAAAUCACUAAUCAAGCUGGAGAAAUGGUCCUUGAUGUUGCCAGACGAAUGAAACAUAGUGUCUGUGAAAAUCUGUUACUGCAAGCUCAAAAUAACCAGUUCAACAUGCGUGCUCAUGUGGAAUAUGAGUGGCAGUUGGGCCAAGAUGAUAUGUUUGAAAGUGAUGAUGAUCUGGAUGAGAAGCUCAGUCCCAUAAAAAAAGAUCGCUUUAAUCGUCCUCAAAGCUGCUAUAAUCUGCCUGGAACAGCCUCUCAGUCCUGGAGAAAUCCAGCUGACUUUUCGAAGGGAGCAAGUCCAGCAUUCCAGGAGAAAAGCCAUGACCUAUAUGCCAAGCCUCAUGCUUCUCGAUUGGCUGCAGCAGCAGCAUCCUCCCCUGUCUCUGCCUGUACAGGACCACCGCUGCCUGCGCGCAACACACCUCGAGCUCCCAGCUUUCCUCCCCCACCUCCUCCAUCCAGCUGGCCAGUCUUCCCUGCAGAUAUGGCACCUAGGAAAAUUCUGCCUCCACCUCCAGUGAUGAGACAUAAGCGGACCUCCUCAGAGCCACCCUCCAAUGCACUUCUGAAUGACACCAGCCCAACUCAAGACUCCAGAUGCUUCUCACUUCCAAGAAAUUGCUCCCCAGAAGGAACUUCUCCUAGCAGUCUGAGUUCUGAGUCUUCUGGACUCUCUGAAGCAGUGCAGUCCUGGGAGCCAGCUGUGACAAGAAAAACAAGUAUGCCUUGGUUUGAACCAAGCCAAAACCCAAGAGAGAAUCACUGGGCUUCCUCCCACUCACUGGAACCACCAGAUGAUGUUCCACCACCACUGCCAGCAAGAGGAAAUAGGAAAUCACCUCUGCUUCGGGUCAAAGCCCUUUAUAAUUGUGAGGCUGAUCAUGAAGAUGAGCUAACUUUCUUUGCUGGAGAGGUCAUAAUAGUAGAUGGAGAGGAGGAUUCCAGUUGGUGGUUCGGCAGGAUUGAAGGGCAGCCUCACAGGAAAGGUCUCUUCCCCUCAUCGUUUGUUUACAAACUAAAUGAAUAGAAAGAAGGUGGACAGAUGAAAGGACAUGUACAUUAUUUCCUCCAAAAAUAGAUGUCUCUGCUUUAAGAGGGCUUCCUGCAGAAAGCAAGCACAAGACUUUGGAAGCAUCUCUCUCAUGUCCUCACUCAGCAAGAUGACAUGCUGGACCAGGAAUCUAGAACUGAAAUGCCAUCACAUGGUAUGGUGCAUACUCUGUUUGAGUCAUUGGUAAGAUUUCCCCUGAUUUGAAUAGAAGAGGAUUCUACAGAAAGCAUGCUAUCUGUUCCAUAAAGAGGAUGAGGUACAAAUGAAUUGAAUAAAAAUUGCUUCUUUCAUAAACCUUCACAGUGGCCCAGGAACCACUUUUUGUGAUGCAGCCCUUCAUUGCUAUGGUGUACAUGCAUAGGAAUUUUCCCACCCAGUUAUCACCCAGCUCUCAGGAUGUGGAAUGUUCUAGGUGGAAAAACCUAGAUCUUGACUGGACUUUUCUAAGUGAUAGCUUCAUCCCCAUACACUCCCUAAAAACAUGAGAUCACACUGUAGGGAAGCAGUUACUGCUCUGCCUACAUGUGGCUUCCUGGGACCAGUUCAAGUAUUUGACAUGGAAAGCUCCCCCUCUACUGUAAUGCUAGCAGAUCUACUCCAACACUGAAAAGGAAAAUUAUUGUAGUAUCUCAUGUGAAAGUGCCUUCACCAACCAUCUGUGGAGCUGUGCUUGUAUGUCAAGACUAGAAACCAACACAUUUCAAUUGUCUGUUCUAGGAAUUCACCACCUAACAUAAUCCAAACUAUUACAUGCUAGAAGGAGAAAAGGAAGGAAGCAACCCUAAAAAUUACUUGUUGAGUCUAUAGCACCGGAUGGCUGAAACAAAUGAGACAAAACAAACUACAUAAGAAGAGCUCACCGCUCCUCCCUCUAUUCAAAAACAGGAAAAUAUUUUUUUCACAUUCCAGUAUAGUGAACAAUCAGUUCCUGUCAUCCACAAAGUACCUAAUUUCCACAUCUAUCCCAUGCAGCAAUCUAUUUCUACCUACUAAGCAGAGCACCACAACCAAGAAUUUGAACCUGCAGAAAGUAUUUUCCUGACACUAAUUGAGAUAUCAAAAGAAAAAAAACCACACAAAAUAUUUGCUUUUGUAAAAAGCCAAACUUUGCCAUGAAACCAGAGAAAAUACUGCUAUAGGGAAGCUAAACUAGGAUUUCAUAUGCAAUCAUUAGAAACCUUCUUAAUUUCCAACCUAGAUUUAUUACUCUUCUACUACUUCUGGUGCAUUUGUAGAAUUAAAUAGCAUAUCUUUCUGGCCUCCUUUUUCCAAGUUAACCAGAAUAGUUUCUUGUAUAAAACCAUAUGAUUUCAGUGAGCAUUUGUAUUCAACGAGGCCAGUGUUUUCAACCUUUCCACAGCUGGGGACUGGAAAAAUAGGAAAACCACCUUGGGGGGAGGCAGAACCAAAAAGCACCAGACACAUAAUACAGUAUUCUUUGUAUUCAUUUCAAAAGACAAUACCAAAACAAAAUUGAAAAUUCUUCAAAACAACCAGAAACCAAGCAGCAAAAAAUGCCACCAAAAAACCAAAAUACUAAAAUUGGUGCAGGGUGGCUUCCCACCGGCUCCCACUGAGAUGUCUCUCCCCUCCCUGGCUCCCCAGCAGCACUGGCGCACCCCGUGAACAUGAUGCCAACUGAGGAAGACGUGGUGGAGCACAGACAGCCCCGCGCUAAUCUACAGUGAGCAGGAUGUACCCCACCCUGCAUGGGCCAACAGGGAAUCUGCAGACUGGCACCAGUCCGCAGACCAGUGGUUGAAAACCACUUAUCUCAGGUACCUAGGAAUGCCCCACCUGACAUACCCAAAAACCUGUGGUUACCACUUUUGCAACUGCAUUUCAAUGAUGGUUCAUACACUUUCUGUGAUUACCCAGAUCCUUGCAUCUCUUUCCUGUCUCCAUCUUUUCCAUUGAUAAAAUUUCCACCUAAAGAAGCAACAAUUUUAGUCCUAAAUGUUAAACCGUCUAAUUUUAUCUCCUGUUUCUUAUCCCAAUUCAUCAUGAAAAAAUAUUCUGGUCUUUUAUAGAAUAGUACAAUGUUUCUAUAUGUGAGAAUGUUCAUUUUGUGUGUCCGCCUUUAAAUAAAUCUUUAAGUAUCA